AUGUCGACAACCAACCUCAUCAGAGCGGCGAGGCCCAUCAGGCGGGCUAUUGCUGGCCCUGGGGCUAGUGGGAGUUCUGGGAGCUUCAUCUACUGUCAGCGGUUUACCACUUCGACCGUACGGAGCAACAUCUCUAAAGAGGGUAGUGGUAGUAGUAACGGCAAAGCACGUCAGACACGAUGGGCUUCGACAUGGCCUCCUGUAUCAGGAGCCUUUGUCAUCGCCACUACCGCGGGUCUCCUUGGUUGGAGUCUGUCAGAGUUUCGGCAUAACGGGUUUCCCGGAGCUCUGCUGAUGGAUAGCAUUUAUCCUGCGCCGGACUACGCAAGCCUACACGAAAUGGAGCUGGCUAUCGCUGAGAUUAGAAGAGAGAUUGAGGGCGAGGACAUCAUUUCGACUGAUCCGGAUGACCUCCACGCUCAUGGGUAUUCGGAGUGGUCAACGACCAACCCUGAGGGACUGCCAGUCGCGGUAGCCUACCCCCGGUCAACAGAGCAAGUGUCGACAGUCGCACGGAUAUGUCACAAGUACCGAGUACCUAUCAUUCCGUAUUCUGGAGGUUCCAGUUUGGAAGGAAACUUUUCCGCGCCUUUCGGGGGAAUCAGUGUUGACUUUGCCUUUAUGGAUCAAAUCGUCCAGUUUAACAAAGAGGAUAUGGACAUCGUCGUUCAGCCGAGCAUUGGUUGGCAGGAUCUAAAUGAGCAGCUUGCUAAGAUGGAGAGCGGGCUCUUCUUUCCUAUUGAUCCAGGCCCGAGUGCCAAGAUCGGUGGCAUGAUCGGAACCAACUGCUCCGGUACCAACGCUGUCAAGUAUGGCACCAUGAAAGACUGGGUCAUCAACCUGACAGUAGUCCUCGCUGAUGGCUCCGUCAUCAAGACCCGCCGGCGUCCGCGCAAGUCCUCAGCCGGCUACAACCUCAACAGCCUCUUCGUCGGCUCCGAAGGCACACUGGGUCUCGUGACAGAAGCAACCCUCAAGCUAGCCGUUGUCCCUGAGGAGCUUUCGGUCGCAGUCGUCUCUUUCCCCACGAUCCGUGACGCAGCAUCAGCGGCCGCGGAGGUUAUGCAGCGGGGCAUUCCCGUUGCGGCUAUGGAGAUUAUGGACGAGGUGCAGAUGAAGGUGGUCAACAUGGGCGGAGCCACGGCGCCACGGGUAUGGAAGGAGAUGCCGACACUGUUCUUCAAGUUUGCGGGGACGAAAGCGGGCGUGCAGGAGAACAUUGAACUGGUACAGAGAAUCACCAAAACAAAUAAGGGGAGCAACUUUGAGUUUGCAAAGGAUGCUAGGGAGCAGAAGUUGCUGUGGUCCGCGAGGAAGGAGAGUCUGUGGAGUAUGCUUGCUUUGAGGAAGGAGGGGGAGGAAGUUUGGAGCACUGACGUUGCUGUACCCUUCAGCAGGCUAGCUGACAUUAUCGAAGUUAGCAAAAAAGAGAUGGACGAUAUGGGCCUCUUUGCCAGCAUCCUGGGGCACAUUGGCGACGGCAACUUCCACGAGAGUAUCAUCUAUAACCGGCAGAAGAAGGAAGAGAGGGAUAAGGUGGAAUUGUGCGUGAAGAACAUGGUCAAGAGGGCGCUAGAGAUGGAGGGAACAUGCACAGGUGAGCAUUCCGUUGGCUGGGGCAAGAAGGAGUCACUGCUAUGGGAGGUUGGGCCGGAUACACUUGGUGUUAUGAAAUCGAUCAAGUUGGCGCUGGAUCCCAAGUGGAUUAUGAACCCGGGGAAGAUCUUUGAUCGUCGAGGGUAA